AUGUCUCAAUUUUCCCAUUUCCCCAAAGAUGGCGACGUCAAAAACGGCGAGACCAGCGAUUUGGAGCGCACUGCCACUUCGGGAACUGAGCGUCAUGGCAGUACGGUCAUCAUUUCCCCAGCAGAUACGGCGGGAUAUCACCGGUCCUUGACGAGACGCCAGAUCAUGAUGAUGACCUUUGGUGCUGGCAUUGGAACUGGUCUUUGGGUGGGUACUGGACAGGCUCUUUACUAUGCUGGGCCGGCGGGAAUUGCGAUUACCUAUACCAUUACUGCAAUGAUCGUCUUUGCCCAAUACUCCUCUGUUGGAGAGAUGACCACGUAUAAGCCUAUCCACGGCGGCUUUAUCCGACAGUGCGCAGAAUAUGUGGAUCCAGCAUUCGGCUUCGCAAUUGGUGUGAACUUCUGGUUCGCUUGGGUGAUGAUCAUCCCAGCAGAGAUCACAGCCGCGAUAUCCGUGCUGAAAUACUGGCCUGAAACCGAGGUUGUACCACUGGCUGCGUAUAUCACGAUAUUCUUGGUGGUGAUAGCCGCUGCGAACAUGUUCCACGUCCGAGUAUACGGUUACAUUGAAUACUACAUGUCAUUCGUCAAGUGCAUCGCCGUGGUUUUGAUGAUAUUCUUCAUGUUCAUUAUGACUUCAGGUGGUAUUGCUGCAACGAAUGGACCGAUUGAGUUCCGAUUCUGGAAGAGCCCCGGGGCUUUCAACAAUGGAAUCAAGGGGAUAUCCAAGGCAUUUGUACAGGCCGCUUUCAGUUUCGGUGGAGGCGAGCAUAUUGCAGUCAUAGCCGGCGAAGCGAGAAACCCACGACAAACCAUCAAGAAGACCGUGCGACCAAUCUUCUGGCGAAUGUUCACCUUCUUCGUUGUGAAUAUUUGGCUGGUGGGUAUGUGUAUUCCAUCCAACGACCCAGACCUAUCCAAUAGCGGCACAUUGGGAAGCCCCUUCGUCAUUGCUAUUAAAAGGGCUGAUGUAUACGGACUUGCACACGCUAUCAAUGGAUUUAUCUUCCUCAGUGUGAUCAGCUGCGGAAUUACAAGCGCUUAUAUUGCCAGUCGAAGCCUGACAGCCCUCGCUGAUCUCAGUAUUAUUCAUCCAUUCUUUGGUAGAAAGGAUAAACAGGGCCGGCCUUAUGUCUCACUCAUAAUUAGUUUGGGUAUUGGUGGUGGAUUGUGCUAUCUCAACACCGACAGUGUUGGAACUUUAGUCUAUGGCUGGUUUUCUUCUCUGGUCGCCAUUGCCACACUUUUCCAAUGGGCUUCGAUCUAUAUCGCCCAUCUCCGAUUCCGACAAGGCCUCAAAGCUCAAGGGAAAGACCUAGCAAGCCUCCCAUUCAAGGGAUUCCUUACUCCGUGGGCCCAGUACUUCAGUCUCCUCAUUGUCCUGUUCGUCUUUGGUUGUGAAUUUUAUCUCGCGUGCUGGCCAUUUGGAGAGAAGGGCUCAGUCAAGAGUUUCUUCUCAACUUAUCUUGCUGCUCCGCUAUUCUUCUUCGAUUAUUUCGUUUACAAGUUUUAUUACAAGACAAAGAUUGUCAAACUGAAGGAGAUGGAUUUCAGUGCUGCACGAGAAUUUGAUGAUCAGGAUGUGAUUAACAACAUUGCCUCUGAGGAUGCAGAUAGAGACCCAGAGAAGAUCAGGCAGACAACAUGGAUUAAACGUGCUCGUUAUAUGGUAUUUGGUUGA